AUGAAUUCGAUAUAUGUUGUAUUAUGGAUUUUAAUUAUUCAAGUAAACUGUCAAAAUAAAACUUUGCCCUUGCAAAGAAAACAUCAUACAGCGACAUUUAUCAAUAAUAAACUAUACAUUUUAGGUGGAAAUGUGAUCUUUGCAGAAGAAGAUAAGAAAUUUGUUGGUAAAGGGUUUUUUAGUCUGGAUUUCUCUACUAAAUUCAAAACAACUCAAGAGUUAUCAUGGAAUGACAUGACAAACGAUAAUAUUGUUCCGGCACAUUCCGGAGCCACCACCGUGAAAGGUGUUGAUGAUAAGACAUUAAUUUUAUAUGGGGGAAGUCAUUUCAAGAGUGAACGGAUGUCCUUGAUUUAUAAUUAUGAUACGAUAGAUAAUAGAUGGAAUGAACUUAAUGAAAGUUAUCCGCAUAGGUCGGGAAUAACUGCAAUUAAUUGUGAUAGCAUAAUGUACUUAUUUGGUGGAUUUUCGAAAAAGGAAAGAACUGUCAAUGAAAUGCUCUAUUUAAAUUUACAAACAUUACAAUGGGGGAUUGCAAGCUCAAUAAAUGGGCCUGAUCCAAGAAUGGAUUAUGGAGCAGUUCUUUUACUUGAUAAAAAUAUUAUGUAUCUAGGCGGUAGACGAGGUCCGAAAUCUUCAUCGUUGAGUCAGGUCUUCUUAUAUAAUACUACUAGUGAUAAAUGGAUUUCAAGGGGAACUAGUGGGUCAAUACCUUCUAACAGGUAUGGCUUUUCUGCUGUGCUUG